AAAAAAGUUAGAUAUUUUUAUCUUAACUAGUCUUUAAAAAUACAAGACUUGAGAGAACUUUCUUCAGGGCUAGGGAGGCUAAUUAAAAAUUGUUUUAUUUGGAGAUAAAUUUAAUUGUGAGGCUGGUUUUUGGGAGAAACCAUAGACUUAGGGCAAAAUUUCAGCUUAUGCUGGAGGGGGGGAAAAGAACCUCAAAGUAUCUCCAUCCUUUACUUCUGUAGCCUUUGGAAUUAAUCGGGCACCGCUCCUGGGAUAUCAGACACUUUACUUCCUACACCAUUUUGGGAUAUAAAGGUGCAGAGUGAACUAAGAAACUUGAACAUAUCCAUUGGGGACUGAUGCUGAGGAGGAGCGGACAUACAAAGGGAUAAAGGCCGUAAUAUUACACAGAAAUGGAUGUGUGGUCAAGAGUAGCAGUGUGGAUCCUGUGUGGUUUUCUUCUGCACCAAGGACAGGGGGAAAGGCCCCCAGGUACCCAUUUGGAUGAAACUGCAAUUGCAGAGUUCUGUCGAAUUGAUGAGCCCUUGUGCCACCUCGAAGAUGAGCAGCUCAGCUUUGAAGCUGUCUGCAAUAUCCACAAGCAGAUGGACGAUGAUGCCAAUGGCAACGUGGAUGUAGAGGAGAGCGAUGAGUUCCUGAGGGAAGACUUAAAUUAUCAUGACCCAACAGUCAAACACAGCACCUUCCAUGGGGAGGAUAAACUCAUCAGCGUGGAAGAUCUCUGGAAGUCAUGGAAAACAUCCGAAGUGUAUAACUGGACAGUUGAUGAGGUGGUGCAGUGGCUAAUCACCUAUGUGGAACUGCCACAGUAUGAAGAAACCUUCAGGAAACUGCAGCUAAGUGGACAUGCCAUGCCCAGGUUAGCGAUAAACAACGCCACCAUGAUGGGAACUGUACUGAAAAUGACUGAUCGGAGCCACAGGCAGAAGCUGCAGCUGAAAGCCCUGGACACAGUGCUGUUUGGCCCUCCUCUCUUAACUCGUCAUAACCACCUAAAGGAUUUCAUGUUGGUGGUGUCCAUUGUCAUUGGAGUGGGUGGCUGCUGGUUUGCCUACAUCCAGAACCGCUACUCAAAGGAGCACGUGAAGAGGAUGAUGAAAGACCUAGAAGGGCUUCAUAGAGCUGAGCAGAGUCUACACGACCUUCAAGAAAGGCUGCAGAAGGCCCAGGAGGAGCACCGCACGGUGGAAGUGGAGAAGGUGCAUCUGGAGAAGAAGCUCCAAGACGAGAUCAGCAUCGCCAAGCAAGAGGCACACCGGCUGCGUGAGCUGCGCGAGGGGACGGAGAACGAGCUGAGCAGACAGAAGUACGCUGAGCAGGAGCUGGAGCAGGUCCGAAUGGCGCUGAAGAACGCAGAGAAGGAGCUUGAAUCCCACUGCAGCUGGGCCGCACCAGAGGCCUUGCAGAAAUGGCUCCAGCUGACCCACGAAGUGGAGGUCCAGUACUACAACAUCAAGAAACAGAAUGCGGAGAAGCAGCUGCUGGUGGCCAAAGAGGGGGCUGAAAAAAUUAAAAAGAAGCGAAACACCCUCUUUGGAACAUUUCAUGUUGCUCACAGCUCAUCCCUAGAUGACGUUGAUCAUAAAAUCUUAACUGCAAAGCAAGCCCUGAGUGAAGUGACGGCCGCACUGCGGGAGCGCCUACACCGCUGGCACCAAAUCGAGCUGCUGUGCAGCUUCCAGAUUGUCAACAACCCAGGCAUCCACACGCUAGUGACAGCCCUGAACAUCGAUCCCAGCUGGGUGGGCACCUCCCGGCCCAACCCAGCGCACUUCAUCAUGACUGAUGAUCUGGACGAUCUGGACGAAGAGAUUGUCUCUCCCAUGUCCAUGCAGUACGCGGCCUGGCUUUUGGGGCGCAGGUUCAGUGACCGCUCGUCUAUCUCCACGGAGGAUCUGUCCCUCUGGAAACACCCCGCUGCCCCCUUGCCGAGCGGUGUCCGCCAGCGCGUCGUGGACCCGCAGCACUCCCUCGGAUCUCAGAGGUUGGUAGAGAGUUACGUGCAUGGCCAGAACGAGCCGGGCCAGCCUGCCCAUUACCUGACAGGCAGAGUUGCUCUUCGUCGAAUGCACAGCCUCACUUCUGGACAGUCUUUUAGUUCCGACGCUCAUGGAACCAGCCCAGCAUCCGCCACCACCGCCUCUUCCACCUCUUGCUCCUCCACCGCCACCACCACUGCAUCUUCUCCUGCUUGCCAUGCCCACCCUAUCUAUUACCAUCACACCUCCUCCUCUUAUAUCCUCCAGAUGGACUCCGCCCCCGACCUGCCCCCUCCUGACGUCACCUCGGGGAUUCGCUGUCACACUGAGAGCUUUGGAGACCUAAGUCGCUCCGACUCCGAUUCCUCCUUCCUGUACAUGAGCGACCAUCAGCGCAUCCCAGGCUCUGCUCCCAAGCUCCUGGCCGCCAGGCCCCCCAUGCUGACCCGGUCCGCAGAGGAGGCUGCUUCAGGCCACCCUGCCGGCUGCGCCCCGACCUCCAACGGAGGCAGCAGGCACAGCGAGGCCUCCUCGCUGGGGGCUUUGCAGGAGCGGCUGGCCGAGAGCCCGGUGGUGGCGAAGAAGAUGAUGAUGCUGAACCAUGGUAUGGAGAAGUCUGCCAGCCUCGGGGAGAUCAGGCACUCCGAUUCCUCCCGCUCACACAGCCCCAGCUCCACCGAGCCCGACACGCCCUCCCCCAUCUCUGACUCCAGGCCCGGCAACGCUAAGAACACCCGCAUCCCGCAGCUGGCCGCCAAGAAGAACGCCGGGGAAGAGGACAGCGGCUCCACGGGCGAGGAGACUGACUCCAGCCAGGGCAAGAAAAAGUUCCCCCUAAAGAUCUUCAAAAAGCCCAAGAAGUAG